CUAAUCCAAAGCCAAUGUUUUGGUCUCCGUCUAUGUGCGGACAUUUGCUCAUCGGUUUCCAGAGAACGAGACAGAAGAAGAUAGAUCCAUGACGGAACUCAUGGGAGACGACGUCGUCUAUGUCGCUGUCAAGAGAGACGUAAGAGAGAGCGAAACAACGCUGCUUUGGGCUCUGAAGAACCUCGGCGCCAAGAAAGUCUGCAUCCUCCAUGUCCAUCGACCAAAGUCUUCUUCUCCAGCAGCAAGCAAGCUUGAAGAACUGGAAGCGAUCAUGUACGAUACACUACACGGCUAUUUCGAUCUUUGUCAAAAUCAUGGGGUGAAGGAGGAUGACAUAUAUGUAUCGUGUAUUGAGAUGGAGGACGUGAAACGUGGGAUACUGGAACUCAUCCAUGAGAGCAAAAUCAAGAAGCUUGUCAUGGGAGCAGCAGCCGAUCGCCAUUACUCAGAGAAAAUAUUCGAUCUCAAGUCCAGAAAAUCGAAAUACGUAUACCAACGCGCACCUACUUCAUGUGAGGUCUUGUUUACAUGCAAUGGACAACUCGUCUACUCAAAAGAAGCAAAUUUCCACCGCGUGGAUGAUGCAGAAGACCCAACAGGACAAUCGAAACCAAAACUCUCUUCUAUUUCUACGAAACAUUCUUCAGAAUCGAUCUCUGCAAUCAUAGCUUACAGCGAUGGCAGGGGAGACAGAGAAAUGCUAGACCCAGUUGCAUCAGAAGACCAUUCCGACGAAGAUGGUAGGAGUGAUCAAAUAUACAGACAGCUUAAGAAAGCACUGGUGGAGGUCGAGGAAUCAAAACGCGAGGCAUUCGAAGAGUGUGUAAGGAGGUUUAAAGCUGAGAAGACUGCAGUUGAAGAAAUCCGCAGGGCAAGAGAAUACGAGGCGAUGUACAACGAGGAGAUGAAGCUAAGGAAAGAAGCAAGAGAAGCAUUAACGAAGCAGAAGAAAAUGCAUGAGAAGACGAAACAAGAGAGGGAUGAUGCAUUAGUGAUCAUUCUGAACGGCCGGAAGCUAUACAACGAGGAACUCAGACGCAGAGUGGAAGCUGAAGAUAAUCUGGCAAAGGAAAAUGAAGAGCAUGAGAGGACUAAGAAGGAGAUCGAAGAACUGCGUCUCAUCGUGCAGGAUGGUAUGAGGUUGUACAACGAACAGCUGAGGCAGAAGAAAGAGACGGAGGAAGCUACGAAGAAACAAGAGGAAGAACUUGACAAGACGAGGAAGGAAAAAGAGGAGGCCUGCUUGAUAAGCAAGAACUUGAUGCAGCUAUACGAAGAGGAGGUGAGGCAGAGGAAAGAAACAGAGGAGAUGGUGAAGAGAAGGAGAGAGGAGGUGGAGAAGGUGAAGAAGGAGAAGGAAGAAGCCUGCUCCGUUGGACAAAACUUCAUGAGACUCUACGAAGAGGAAGCCAGGCGACGGAAAGCAGCCGAGGAGGAGCUAGUCAAGGCCACGGCUGAGACUGGAGCCGCAAAAUCAGUCUGUACGGACAUUCUGGUGCUUCUGCAGAAUUACAGCCGUCGCCAUGGCAGUCUUACCGGAGUUUCAGCGCCGGAGGAGGAGGUCACCGCACACCAGCCGCCGUCUUAUUUCAUCUGUCCGAUCUCUCAGGAAGUAAUGAGAGAGCCCCACGUGGCAGCGGAUGGUUUCACAUACGAAGCGGAAGCUCUGAGAGAAUGGCUAAACAAUGGCCACGAGACGUCACCCAUGACGAACCUCAAGCUCACCCACAAGAACCUCGUCCCUAACCACGCCCUCCGUUCCGCCAUCCAAGAGUGGCUCCAACGUCACUCUUAACACGUUAUCUAUCUAUAUAUAUGUGUUGUGGCCUUGUGGGUGUAUGUAUAUCUCCGUUUCCGUUUCUUUCGAUGUGAGGUGUGAAGUGUCUGCAGUUUUCGAAGAGGCUAAACGUCAUGUAAACGGAAUGCUUGCUGUUCUCUGAUCUAAUUUUGGGAGUCA